UCAACGCGACCAGGGAACACCAUGCCGUGCAGCCCACCUCGUCCACUGAUUCAGGUGGUGGAGGGCAGCAGGGAAGCCGGCCGGGGAGCCGGAUGGGCCUCGUCAUGGGCAGGACGCUGACGAGCCUCUCGAGACAGGCGUCGACGAGCAGCGGCUCCCAGGAACAGCUGCCCCCCGCGUCGGCCGACCAACAGCCGCCGUACCAGCAGCAGCCCCUCCAACACCAGAGCUCGAGUCCCCAGAUACGCACGUACGGGCCCGACGGACGCCACCACGAGGCCCUACACGCUGCCUCGUCCUACCCCCCCAGCCGGGGAUCCAGGUCACCAUCGCCAGUGCGAGCAGCUUCGUUGGACGCCCGGAGCAGUCCGAGACCCCUCGUCCUGACGUCCGGUCAGUCGAGCGGUGGUUCCCUGUGUUCCCUGGCAGGGUCCUCGCAGCUGCAGGCCAUCACCCACCACCAGCAGUCCUGCGGCGGCCCCUCCCCGGCCCACCACCACUCGCCGAAGCAGCCGUCCUCCUCGUCGUCGUCGUCGUCCUCGGGGGUCGCCCACCAGCAUCAGCCCGCAUCGCCUGGACGCUGCCUGUCGCCCCUACUCAUACCCCCGCCCCGCGCCUCGUUCUCACUUGGCGACAGCGGCUCGGGACCGCCGGCCUCGCCGCUGGGCGCCCUCCAACCGGACCUCUACCGCAGCAGGGCCGAGCCCAUCAUCCUGCCCAGCAGCUCGCGACGUAGCGGCAAAUCCCUCGGUCGGCUGCACCUGCGGCUCAGCUACGACUACGACAAGUCGGACCUCGACGUCUACCUGAUAAAGGGCGAGAACAUACCGAGCAGCGACCACGGGGGCUUCAACGACCCCUACAUCAAGCUCACCCUCAGCCCGGAGGUGGACGCCCGCAAACGCCAGACGCCCGUCUGGAGCCACGAGCCCAAUCCCCACUUUGACCAGCACUUCAAGUUCCCCGUCAGCCACGACGAGCUGCAGGACAAGACCCUCAUCGUCCAGGUGCUGGACUUUGACCGGACCUCGCGGAACGACAUGUUCGGCUCGGUGCGGGUGAUCCUGGACGAGCUGAACCUCACGUCGUCGACCUCGCCGGUGGAGAUAGUGGGCGACAUAAGCCGGGAGCGCAAGCCACCCGAGGAGACCCAGGAGGUCCUUAUAUCCCUGUCGUACCUGCCCUCGGCCCAACGGCUGACCCUCGUCGUUCACAGGGCGAGGAAUCUGUUUCCAGGCCCGGGCAGGGACACCCUCGAUCCGUUCGUCAAGGUCGGCUUGUUGAGCAACGACAGGCGCGUCAAGAAGAAAAAAACGGCCGUGUGCAAGGCCACGAGGUCACCCGCCUGGGACGAGGCCAUGUCGUUCAACGUGCCCACCUCGGCCCUCGGCUCAUCCGCCAUCGAGAUAUGCGUGGUGGACUCGAGCAGCGAGGCUGCGGGUAACGACGCGAUCAUAGGCACGUGCAUAAUAGGCCCCGGUAUAGCCACGACCUCCAACUACGACAACGCCCCGAACCCGAGUCGUGAACACUGGCUGGUCAUGGCCAACUCGCCCAGACAGACCAUCUCCAAGUGGCACGUACUGCACUGAACCGAUUAUAUUCCCCCACCUUUGCUUGAUUGUCGUAAAUAUAUAUAAAUACCCUCCGCCCAUGGUGUAAGCCGUGAGAUGACGAAGCAACAAUCACUUUU